CAUAGGGUAGAUAGACGCUCUUAUGAACCCACGCCGAAAACCACCAGAUGACACCAAGCACGUGCAGCUGAAAAGGAGGAAGAGAGAGAGAGUGCGAGAAAAGUAUUUUUCGCGCGCGCGUGUUGAGUCGCGCCUUUCAGUGACAGUGGGUAAACAAUUUUGAGUGGUGUCGUCUCGCCGCACGCACUGUACACGAUGAGGCUGGGAAGCAUCAUUUUAUUCGUGGCUCUCUGCUCCUUCAGCGCAUAUUAUGUGUAUGAACCCAUUCCCGAGGAUAUUGAGGAGAGAUGGAAACUCAUGCUGACUGACACUUUCUUCAGAAGUCUCAGCCACCUGGCGGACUUCUGUGAAUUAUUAGGGAUAAAGGACUACAUGGGAGUGAUGUACUUCAUAACUCUGAUUGAAAACAUUGUGCCUAUUUCGGACAAACACGUCAAUGUGACCGUGGAAAAUUUCGACGGUGUUGAAGUGUUGCUUUACCAACCUAAGCAGCAAAGUGGCGACACAGAACUCAGGAGGGCUGUCAUAUACCUACAUGGGGGAGGAUGGUGUCUGGGGAGCUCUCACAUGAGUCCAUAUGAUCUCCUUGCCAGAAAGGUAGCUACCGAGCUGAAUGCAGUAAUUCUCUCCGUAGAGUAUCGCCUCGCCCCUGUUCACCACUUCCCUGUUCCCUAUGAGGAUGCCUAUCGUGUGGUCAAGCACUUUCUUCAGAUAGGGGUCCUUGCUCGGUACUCUGUGGACCCAGGGCGCAUCGCAGUGUCCGGGGACAGUGCUGGGGGGAAUCUGGCAGCUGCCGUCUCCCAACAGUUACUGAAGGACCCGACACAAAAGGUUCAGUUGAAAGCUCAAGCCCUCAUCUACCCUGUACUCCAGGCACUGGACCUCAACACGCCAUCUUAUCAGCAGAAUCAAGACAUGCCCAUAUUGCCACGUACCCUCAUGGUACGAUUUUGGAGUGAGUACUUAACAAGCGACAAAGCCUUUUUCAGAGCCAUGAUGGCCAACGCCCACAACAACCUCGAGUCUUCUGGCAUGCUCAAGUUCGUCAAUUGGAGCACUUUACUGCCUGAAACGUAUCACGGGAAAUACAACUACAGUGCCCCGGCUGUGGGUCUGGGUGAGGCAAAGUUAGCAAUCGAAACCAGUGGAUCUCUAAUUGACCCAAGAGCAUCUCCUCUUCUGGUUCCGGAUGCUGCCUUGCGUUCUCUACCUAAAGCCUACAUAAUAACAUGCGAGUACGACGUCCUCCGAGACGACGGGAUCAUGUACGCCACGCGUCUCCGCACAGCCGGUGUGGAGGUGACGCAUGAACACUAUGAAUCAGGAUUUCAUGGCGCGUUGAUGUUUACAUUGUGGCCGAUGGACUUCCUCCUUGCACAUCGUAUGAUGGACAACUACACGGAGUGGCUAAAGGAAAAUUUGUAAAAAAAAAACUUGACAAACAUUUAGUUGUUGAGACCAACUUUUCUCAUUGCAGCAUUCGUCUUUGUAAAUAUGGUUUAUUAGGAACUAUCUUUAGUAUAUUUGUUGAGUUUUUUUUCGCCAUUUUCAAGAUUAAUAAUGCAUCUAGUAGUUACUUACUUUUUUAUGAAAAAAAUCAUUCUGGAGAGUGGACUUAGAGGACUCUCAGUUUAUGAAAUUGACAUCUCUCCCACAAGAUGCUGCUUGUAAAACUUAUCACCGUGUGACUAGAAGUACACUGCAAAAACACCUCCAUAAAACUAGUUAAAUUACCUUGUUAUCAGUGUAAAUAUAAUAGACAUAAGUGAAAUUAUUUGACAGUGCUUCAAGUAAAUUUUACUAAAAUUUCUUGAAAUAAGAAAAUAAAGCUAGCUGACAAUAAGAUUAAGACUUAUUUUAACCAACAAAUUAGUAUAUUGAAUCUUUUAAAAAAAAAAAGCUUUGAAAUGUCAAAUGUUUCUAAUUCAAGAAUAGAUAUUUAUGGUUCAAAAUAUUAUGUGAAAGCAAAUUUUCCUUGAUUUAGGUCAGGGGUCGGCAACCCAAAAUUUUGAAAGAGCCAUAUUGGACCAAAAAAUGUAUAUGUCUGGAGCCAGAAACAUUUAAAAGCCUUAUAAUGAAGGCAACGUUACUGUAUUAGCUAUAUUAGCUUAGUAUCAAAAUGACUAAGUUGGCUACAAAUACAAAUACAUUAUCAGCCUUCAUGAUUAAAUGUUUAUUUUCCCUGCAGUGCAUCCUAUAGAGAAUGACGCACCACACCUCAGGUUUAACUUCAUUACAAUAUUAAUGAAUUAGAAGAAUGUUUGUUUCAUGUUUUUCCUCCAACAGAAACCAUAGUAAAACAAAAAAUAUAUUUCCCUCCCCCAUCUUUUUCCAUUUUCAAAUAUUUUUGAAAAAGUUCCAGGAGCCACUAGGGCAGCCCUAAAGAGCCACGGGUUGCUGACCCUUGAUUUAGGUGAAAAAUGACCAACCUUAAGAUGUAUGGGUUUAAUAAGAACCAAUAAUAAUAUUAAAGUAAAUGGAAUAAUCUGACACACUAAUCUGUUAACUAUUUUUAACACUCAAACAUGAUUGGGAAAAAUAUUUGACUAGAUUUAAGAAAAAUAAGACCUUAUAAAAGACGUUAUAAAUUUGCAGUGUAUUUGGACAUGGCCAUUUCUUCCACAGGAAGUGACGGUGGAAAUUGCCCUUUUGCCUAUCAAACAGUUUCCACUAUAGUUUUGGGAAUUUUUCCACCAAUCCAGAAGAACAUCAGUUAUCUUUAUAACUGUUUCUGGGAUUAGCUUCGAAUCUGGGAUGGGUCACAUGAGGGUUUAGGAUUCUCAAGUGUCAUGGUCAGGUGUGGACUUAAGCCUCUUCAUAAGGGUCUACAAAAAAAAAACAACAAAAA